AUGUCGAGGCUCUUCGCCGCGCCGCGCUCGACGAUCGCGGCGAACCUGGCCGUGCAGCCGUACGACCCCGCCACCUACAUCGAGACGGCAAAGUCGGGCAACCGCGUCUCGCGCCGCGCCCACAUCUACGGCUCGCAGAACAUCGUCCUCGGCGGCAAGUGCAUCAUCCACCCCGCCGUCGUCAUCCGCGGCGACCUGCGCAAGGCCGCCGCGCCCGCCGCGCCCGGCAGCGACGCCGCGCGUGCCGAGCGCGGCAGCACCGUCGCCAUCUCGAUGAACAAGUUCUGCGUGCUCGGCGAGGGCUGCGUGCUGCGCCCGCCGUACAAGACGUACCGCGGCGCGUUCACAUACUACCCGCUCAAGAUGGGCGAGUACGUGAGCAUCGGCGCCGGCAGCAUCGUCGAGGCGGCCAGCAUCGGCUCGUACGUCGACAUUGGCCGUGGCUGUGUGGUGGGCAAGUUUUGCUCCAUCAAGGACUCGGUGCGCGUGCUCGACGGCAGUGUGCUUCCUGCGGGCACCGUACUGCCCAGCGGCACGGUUUGGGGCGGUGCUCCCGCGACGUGUCUGGGCGAGCUGACCGAGAACUUUGACGAGCUGCACAAGCUGCGCACGAAGGACUACUACGAGCGCCACCGCCCGGCGCAGGCCCAAUGA